AUGGCCGACUCGACGCAUCGGUGCGCGUCGCUGCCGCCGACAAUUCGCCGCAGCAUUCAGGCCGGCUCAGAGCUCGAGCUCGGCAUUCGGGCCUACAGCUUCCACGUGUCGGCCGAUGGCCAGAUGAUGCCAGUGCCGUUCCCCACGGACGCGCUGCUGGGACCGGGCAUCCCGCGCCACGCGCGCCAGAUCAACACCCUGAGCCACGGCGAGGUGGUAUGCGCCGUCACCAUCUCCAACCCCACCAAGUACGUCUACACGGGCGGCAAGGGCUGCGUCAAGGUGUGGGACAUCAGCCAGCCGACGGCCAAGUCGCCCGUCUCGCAACUGGACUGCCUGCAACGCGACAACUACAUCCGCUCUGUGAAGCUGCUGCCGGAUGGCCGAACCCUGAUGGUGGGGGGCGAGGCGAGCACGCUGAGCAUCUGGGACCUGGCCGGCCCCAGCCCGCGCAUCAAGUGCGAGCUGCCGUCGUCAGCGCCGGCGUGCUACGCGCUGGCCAUCUCGCCCGACUCGAAGGUGUGCUUCAGCUGCUGCAGCGACGGCAACAUCGCCGUCUGGGACCUGCACAACCAGCAGCUGGUGCGCCAGUUCCAGGGCCACACGGACGGCGCGUCCUGCAUCGACAUCUCGUCCGACGGCAACAAGCUGUGGACGGGCGGCCUGGACAAUACGGUGCGCUCGUGGGACCUGCGCGAGGGCCGCCAGCUGCAGCAGCAUGACUUCAGCUCGCAGAUCUUCUCGCUGGGCUUCUGCCCGACCGGCGAGUGGCUGGCCGUCGGCAUGGAGAGCUCCAACGUGGAGGUGUUGCACGUGAACAAGCCCGACAAGUACCAGCUGCACCUGCACGAGAGCUGUGUGCUGUCACUGAAGUUCGCCCAGUGCGGCAAGUGGUUCGUCUCCACCGGCAAGGAUAACCUGCUGAACGCCUGGAGGACGCCGUACGGGGCCUCGAUAUUUCAGUCGAAGGAGUCGUCGUCGGUGCUGAGCUGCGACAUCUCGGCCGACGACAAGUACAUCGUCACCGGCUCCGGCGACAAGAAGGCCACCGUCUACGAAGUGAUAUACUAGACCGGGUGGCGCGUACCUACUGUCGGUGCCGGCAGAGACAUCUAGUGGCACCGCGACGAACCACACCAGUGAUACCGCGCGAGAAUAUCUAGUCCGGACGUACAACUCUCACCUUGGAUGGAUUCUAAUCAAAAUGCGUCC